AAUCGUUCAUUGCUGUUGGAGCUGGUUAGUGUUCAAUAACGUUGGUACUUCGGAUCAUUUAUUUACGGGACGAGGAUUUAAAGCUGGGGGAGAAUUCAUCUGCCACAGUGUGAUAUCUUGUGUGUACCACAUGGUAACAUCCAUUCCAACGUCAAUGAUGCGGAUGACACUCGUCUAAAAAAAAAAAAAAAAAGGACACGCUUAGUUAGCAGAAGUCAAAGCAAUUCAAAUUUUAACGAAGGCUUGGGCUCUGCAAAAUACGGCUCAAUUCUCAUAACUGGAAGCAUGGUUACAGUGGGAGAUUCCAGAAUUGCACUUGUGGAUAAUCAAAGUAGUCAAGAGCCACGAGAAUGUUGGGGAACUCGACAUACCCUUGGGGUAAUGGGAUUCCUAGGGGUAUCCUGUGUCUACGCCAUGAGAGUCAACCUCUCAGUAGCCAUUGUUGCCAUGGUAAGGUCACUGCCCAAGAAUGUCACCAAUAGCAGCCACGCUGAGGAAGUCUGUAUACAGACAGAGGAUCAACACAACCCUGAUCAGGAAGGGAACGAGAAUGGUGAAUUUGACUGGGAUGAGGCAACACAAGGCUUAAUCCUGAGUGUCUUUUUCUCCGGUUAUCUCUUUACAAAUCUGUUUGGUGGAAGGAUAGCCGAAUACUAUGGAGGAAAACUGGUGUUUGGAUGGGGUAUCUUCUUAACUGCUCUCUUGACGCUCCUUACUCCUCUCUGUGCCCGAUUUUCUCUUGGACUUUUCAUAGCUAUCAGGGUUCUCGAGGGAAUUACAGAGGGUGUCAUAUUCCCCGCAAUGAACUGCAUGCUUGCUUCGUGGAUUCCACCGCUAGAGAGAGCACGAUUCAACACAUUGGUUUUUUCUGGAGGCCAGUUUGGAACAGUGAUAACAAUGCCACUGAGUGGAUGGCUUUGUGACACAGAGUUCCUUGGAGGCUGGCCUUCUGUCUUCUAUGUCUUUGGUGGAACUGGAAUUAUUUGGGGAGUUGGGUGGUACUUCCUAGCCUACAGUCAACCAGAGCUGCACCCAAGAAUAUCUCAGGAGGAAAGGGCAUACAUUGCUAACCACUGCGCUUCAUCAUCAGGAAAGGCCAUUCCCAUCCCUUGGAAAGCAAUCUUCACUUCAUUACCAUUUUGGUCAGUACUGAUUACUCAUGUUGGGUACAACUGGGGGUUCUACACACUUUUAACAGAGCUACCGACAUACCUACAUAAUAUUCAACAUGUUGACAUGACUAGCAAUGGAAUUUUGUCAGCUCUGCCAUACCUCAUAAUGUGGAUUGUCAGCCUUGUGUACAGUAACAUCAUGAGUCACCUGCAGUCAACAGGAAAACUCUCCAUCAUUUUCGUCAGAAGACUGUCUGUGGCAAUAGGUACCUACGGGCCUAUGAUUGGCUUAAUAGCCAUGUGCUUUGUGGACUGUAAUCAAGUAUUAGCAAUAGUAGUUUUGUGUGUGGCUGUUGGAGUGAGUGGCGCCAUCUACAGCGGGUACUCCUGUUCCCAUCAAGACCUGGCUCCUAAUUUGGCAGGAACUCUCUUGGGCUUCACCAACUCAGCCGCAACCAUUCCGGGGAUUUUCGCCCCUUCUGUCACCGGUCUCAUCAUACGAGGAAAUCCAACUCUGUGGGGCUGGAGGACCGUGUUCCUAAUUUCAUCGGUAGUGUACUUCGUGGCCGGCACCUUCUAUAUCGCCUUCAUAAAAGCCGAUGUGCAGCCUUGGAAUUUCCCCUCAAGAAAGGAGUAAUGAUGAAACUGAUUUUCUUUCUUCUAUACGGACUCUUUCUUACUUACUGAUUCUGCUUGCGAAUGCAUUCUUCUCCAGUCUUUAGAAGUUUUAAGCCAUUUCUGUUAAAAUUGACAGUUUUAAGCCAUUUCUGUUAAAACCGGUACUUUAAACAAUGUCUGUUAAAAUUGCCAGUUUUAAGCCAUUUCUGUUAAAACCGAUACUUCAAAUAAUGUCUGUUAAAAUUUAAAGUUUUAAACAAUAUCUGUCAAAACUGAAAGUUUUAAACAAUAUCUGUCAAAACUGAAAGUUUUAAGCCAUUCUAGUUUAAAAAGAGUUUUUGAGCCAUUUCUGUUAAAAUCUAAAGUUUUAAGUCAUUUCUGUUAUAGCUGACGAGUUGGAUGAAAAAUGUUCAAAUAAACAGGUGGAUAAAGAACUGACGCAAAAAUCCUAUUCAUAAAAUGUUAACAGCGUUGCUUUGAAUAGAAUAAAUUGGUGUGGCCGAAGGUUCCCUUA